AUGCCCAGCUUUUCAGAGCCUACUGGCUCUUUUGCAGCGAGCUGGAGGAAACGCAAGCGUGAUCAUGAAGACAGCAACACCUUGAGUCGUCCAUCAUCCUUCAUCCCCUUCCGAUUAGACCGUCCCGAUUACGAAGGCAACUGCCCGUUGCCCCUGUCCCGACACCCUACAGAAGGAAGCGACCUCUCUUUCCGCCCCCGCUGUCUCCCUCGCAAACGUAGACACCUCCAGCCUCCAUAUCUCGCCCUGCCAACUCACCAACAAUCAUCUCUCCUCUCACCAAAUGUCUAUGCCCCUGCGCAAGACCCAUACUCCCCGCCCGUCUCCCCAAAGACUAUCGUACCACUAGCCUACCCCUCAACAUCCCCUUCCGCCCUCCGACCAUGCCAUAUCUGCCACAGACGCCCAACAACACGACAAGUGCUCGACGCAUAUGCAGAUUGUGACCUCUGCGGCGAACGAGCAUGCUUUAUCUGUCUGCGCCAGUGUGAUGCUCUCGAUUGCCCGGGUUCUACCAACACGGGCUUCCCCAACCAACACGAGCCAGACCUGUUCUCGCCGAAUGAGGACUUUGAAAGUGCAGCUAUGGGACGAAGACGGAAAGUCUGUUCUGGCUGUGCUGUUGAGGGUCUUACAGAGGCGGGUACUGAGAUUGUCCGAUGUCUCGACUGCGUACAAGGCCACUCUGCGCCUGCUUGGACGAUAGAUGGGAUGAAUCAUGAGAUGAUGCGCGGAUAA